AUGUGCCACGUCCAGCGCGUGAUUAACACCUGCGGCCAUCGCAACGACCACGUCUCUCUCUCCUGUCGCUUCGCCAAAGCCGGCCACAACCUGGCAAUGCCUAUUAGCGAAUCGAACUCAAACCUUUCGCAUACUGCCACUACCAGGAGAAUGAGCACGUGCAUGAGCGCCAGCGCCGCGACAAUUACCACCACUACUACUAUCACAACCAUAGCCACGAAUACCACUACCACAAACCCUACCGCCGCGAGCAGUAGCGAUGACAGUAAUGAUAGUGCUAUGAGUAGUACCGGUGCUUCGACCGUGAUCCAACCCCACGGAUUCCAUGCUUAUACGGAUCCCUAUUGCAUCUAUGCAACUGUUCGGACAUUGGACUCGCCGGCAGGUUUUAUGUGCAUGGUUGAGGGAUGUGGAAGAGCGGAUUAG